UUUCUCUCCUACUUUGUCGCUUCCCUCCUCUACAUAAGCAGCCUUGUCGUUGUUAGGCAGGGCUAAUGCAACAAUAUUGCCUCUCUGUGUCUGUUUCUGUCUGUAAUUAAUGCAGACUUUAGCAAUGUGAUGUUAGGCCUAUCCAGUCAUUUAUAGUUAGAAUAAAUAACAAACCAUUUCUGGAGUUUAAAGGCUUCGGUCUUUGUCAGCGCUGUGGAGUCUUCAAAGGCGGCAGCCAGCAUCCGCCCGUUAAAGAUUGAGAAAACUGACAGGAAAGUAGAUUUCCCUCCUCAACUCUAAGAAGUAAGAUGUGUUUGGACAGAAUGACGGGCCUCAAGAUCGUCAGAGAGAAGGACCAGAACCUGAACACGCUGCAGAGGCCGAGCAGAAGUGAGACGAGCCGAGCGGGCCCAAAGAACUGAGACGUUAUGUGAGGUGUGUAUGAAGCUCACUGCUGGAGAACAGCUGACAGACUUCAUACGAGCGACGAGAGACAUUAUAGGUCAGUUCAACAAGCUGAGUGAACUGAAAUCUCCUGGAAUGGAGUUACCGCAAGUCAGGGCUACCAAUCAUCUGCUAUGAAAAGUGCCACCUGAACACAGGACAGGUACAGCACAGACAGAGUGAUCGCCACCUUUGACUACCUCAUGAACCCUGUGCCGCUCCAGAUCAACAAGUUCCAGAAAAACCACCCCUGAGACUUUUCAACUGAACCACAAACAUCUAGAGGAGAGAGAGACUGUCAGAGGCAAUCAUGAAUGGCCUGACAGAGAUGUCGGUGAAGUGUGUCCUGGUUGGCGACAGUGCCGUGGGCAAGACGGCCCUACUGGUCCGCUUCACCUCAGAGACCUUCCCAGACACCUACAAGCCCACAGUGUUUGAGAACACGGGGGUGGAGGUGUACAUGGACGGGGUUCAGAUCAACCUGGGUUUGUGGGACACGGCGGGCAACGACAACUUUAGACAGAUCCGACCGAGAUCCUACCACCAGGCCGACGUCGUCCUCAUCUGCUACUCCGUGGCCAACCCGAACUCGCUGGCCAGCGUCCAGCAUAAGUGGAUCGCUGAGGUUCGGGAGAACUUGCCCAAGGCGCCAGUGUUGAUUGUGGCCACCCAGACAGAUCUGCGAGAGAUGGGGGCGUAUCGGGGCAACUGCAUCUCAGCAGCCGAGGGGAGGCAAGUGGCUCAUGAAGUCCACGCUAAAGGCUAUCUAGAGUGCUCCUCCUUAAGCAACCGCGGCGUGCAACAGGUAUUUGAGUAUGCAGUGCGGAUGGCCGUAAACCAGGCCAAGAAGCAGGCCAGGCGACGGAUGUUCAGCAUAAACCAGUGCAAGGUCUUUUGACCCUUGACCUUGACUUGGUGGGCGCCUGAGCCUUCAUGGGCUGACUUUUUCAAUAAGACGUCUUGGUGUGCUGUUCAAACUCAGUGAGGGCUCGAGGUACAAGAAUCUAAAGAUGUAUUUCUCUUAUAUGCAUAGGGUUCUUUUCACUAACGGGGGUCCUGCAUCCCCAAGACUCUCAUGAACUCAAACCAUAUUUAAAACUGAUAAUAUACCAUAAUAGUACCUAAUGCAAACAUACACAGGUGGAAUUUCCACUUUUGUGUGAUCCAGAGUGAGAGACGUUAAGAAAAGAGUCCACGUUUGAUUCUUCUGCUCUGUUCUCUCUUUUCCGUGGCCCACAGCGUAUCACAUGGAGGUAUUUCAAAUGGGGCAAAUGUGUUUCAGACAUACUCCAUUCUGAACUUUUGCUGCGAAAGGCCUUCUUCAAUUUAAGCAUUUAAAGCUUAAAUAUCGACAUAAAGCAUCUUAAUAUCUCAGUUCGUGGUGAGAUCAGCAAAUGAACUUUUGAAUUGCAGCGUAAAAUAAAUAAGUGCCGUUACUAUAAUGAACAAAAGACACAACAAAGUAAUUUUUACUACUGCGUGGAGGUUUUAUGUAGAUUUAUCAGACGCGACCAGGGAAUAAACUGUUAAUAGGUCAAAGAGUAGACAUACAGACCUACAGGCUAUAUUUUCUCUGGAUGUUACCUGUAUUUUAUAUAUAAAUCUGUCAAGUCUAUUUAAUAUAGUACCUGUAUUUCUAUUGUUUGAAAUGUUUACUCAGACAUCAGUUGCAUUGAAAUGAAUGAAUAAAAAUGAAUGAAGAUAAAAAUUGAGAAGUUUACUUUAUAUUGGUAGAAUAUCCAAAUAUUUACAAAAGACAUUCUAGAAUAAAUUAAAGGGACAUUUUGAAACUUCACAUUUUAUUUAAAUGUUUGUUUAAAUAUUUCAUACAUGAUUGGCUAUUCUGUAUAUUUUUUGUGAACUGUGUUUUUUUAUUUAACUGUAUACAUCCGUUAAGAAAAUAGGAGAAAAACAUGUCGUGCUACCUACCUAUGUAUCUUACAAAUUACCCCCAUUGUUAUUUGUUACUGGAACAACAAAUUCACUUUCCUUAAAAUAAACUAAGGAUUCAAUGCAUUGACACCAUUGUUAU